GAGCCGGAUAUUAAAUCCAACCCUCUUUAAAACAUGCACAGUAGAGUUCUCUUGCACAGAUCCUCCAAAUAUCUGGUCCCUACUCCCUUUCAUAAAAUCAGAGGUCCCAUCAUUGAGCCCUGGGGAACUCCGGAUUUAAGUGUUGCCGCUGCAGAAGAGGUGCAUCUGCCAAUCAAGGACUCAAGGAUGCACAUGCACAGGCCCAGGAUCAAGACUUUUGGCAGCGAUGACAGGGACGUUAAAUCCCCGCUCAUUGAAAAUACAACCAAAGUGGGAUCUGCUAAGCUUUUGAUUGAGGUUUAUAUAGAGGAGCUUUGCUCCGGCUACAUGAGACCAUCGAUUUCACAGAGGGGACUGACUCCAGCGGCCGCCUGCAGGAUGAGUAGUAAGAUCACAUUCUAUGAGGACAAAAACUUCCAGGGCCGUUCCUAUGAGUGCGACACCGACUGCCCUGACAUGCACCCCCACUUCAGCCGCUGCAACUCCAUCAAGGUGGAGAGCGGCUGCUGGGUGCUGUACGAGAAGCCCAACUACACGGGCUACCAGUACGUCCUAACCAGGGGAGAGUACCCGGACUACCAGCGCUGGAUGGGCUACAAUGACACCAUCCGCUCAUGCCGGACCUUCUCCUACACCAGAGAAGGCCCUUACCGCCUUCGCAUCUACGAGCGUCCAAACUUCCAGGGUGAGACGAUGGAGUUCAGCGAAGACUGCGAGUCAGUGCAGGAUCACUUCCGCAGCCCCGACAUCCAGUCCUGCAACGUCAUGGAGGGCUACUGGACCAUGUACGAGCACCCCAACUACCGCGGCCGCCAGUACUUCAUGAAGCCCGGAGAGUACCGCAAGUUCAGCGACUGGGGGGCCACGUGUGCCACGACCGGAUCCUUCAGGAGAAUCACUGAUUUUUAGAUCUCACCUCACUCACGUCUGAUCUGAAGACAUGCUUUAAGGAGAGGGAUGUUAACGUGUCUCAGGGGAAGACGGGGAUGUGUCUCCCUGCACAGAAAUAUGAUUUUGUUUUCAAUAACUGAAUAAAUGAAUCAGAUGUAAACGAUUUUCUCUGUGCUUUGAAUAAAACCUGUUUUUAAAUAAUUUA